AUGGACGCCUACGAGGCCACCAAGGUGGUGUUCUCGCGGAUCCAGGCGCUGGACCCGGACCACGCCGCCAAGAUCAUGGGCUUCCUCCUCAUCCAGGACCACGGCGAGAAGGAGAUGAUACGCCUCGCCUUCGGCCCCGAGGCGCUGCUCCACACCAUCAUGGCCAAGGCGCGCAAGGACCUCGGCCUGCUCCCGGCACCGGGCUCCGGCCCGGGCACGCCCACCUCCGCCGCGCACUCGCCGUUCCUCCUCUCGCGCCAGAACUCCGGCCGCAGCGGCGGUGGUGGCGCCGGCACCGCGCCGUCGCCGCUCUCGGUGUCGUCGCCCUCGUCGUGGGCACCGCCGCCCGUGUUCUCCAGGAGCAACAGCGUCGUCAGCAAUGGCGCGGCGGCGGAGGAGGCGUUGGCCGCCGUCGGGGAGGACCUCAUGAGCCCGGCCGCAGGCGGGAACGCCCCGCCGUCGCCCUUCUUCGCCGCCGGGGACCCGCUCCUCGACGAGCUCCAGCUGCAGGAGCAGCUCGCGUUCCUCAACGACGCCGGCGGCGGCCACCAGCUGACCCUGUUAGACGCCGCCGGCGAGUGCCGGAGCCCCGGGUCUGGCGAUGCCGCCGGGUUCUUCCCGUACGGCGGCCUCGGCUGGGCCAACGGCGGCGGCCCAGGGCACCGCCGGAGCUCGUCGGUCAGCGAGCUCUGCCUCGGCGGGGCCGACGGACUCGGCUGGAAGCCCUGCCUGUACUACGCCCGCGGGUACUGCAAGAACGGCAGCGCUUGCCGGUUCGUGCACGGCGGCCUCCCCGACGACGCCACCGCUCUCGCCGGUGCUAAGGACACCGCCACCUUGGAGCAGCAGUUCCAGGACAUCCUACUGCGCUCCAAGUCCCAGCGCCUUGCCGCCGCCGCCGCCUUCCCCUACUCCCCGACCGGCUCGCUCCCUGGCUCCCCGUCCGCGGCUACCAAGUGCCUCAGCUUGCUCUUGCAGCAGCAGCAGAACGAGAACCAGAGGGCGGCAGCUGCAGCGGCCGCCGCGGCGCUGAUGCUGGGCGGCGACGACGCGCACAAGUUCAUGGGGCGGCCGCGGCUGGACCGCGCCGACUUGGCGAGCAUGAUGAACCCGGGCUCGCGCCAGAUUUACCUCACCUUCCCGGCGGACAGCACCUUCCGCGAGGAGGACGUCUCCAACUACUUCAGCAUCUACGGCCCCGUCCACGACGUGCGCAUCCCGUACCAGCAGAAGCGCAUGUUCGGGUUCGUCACCUUCGUGUACCCGGAGACGGUGAAGCUGAUCCUGGCCAAGGGCAACCCGCACUUCAUCUGCGACGCGCGCGUGCUCGUCAAGCCCUACAAGGAGAAGGGCAAGGUCCCCGACAAGUACAGGAAGCAGCAACUGCAAGGCGAGAGGGUGGAUUUCUCCAACGGGUUGGACGCCAGAGACCACUUUGAUCUGCACCAGCUCGGUGCGAGGAUGCUGCAGCACUCGCACAGCGCGAACGAGAUGCUGCUGAGGAGGAAGCUGGAGGAGCAGCAGCAGCAGGCAGCCGAGCUGCAGCAGGCCAUGGAGCUCCAGAGCCGCCGCCUGAUGGGGCUGCAGCUGCUGGACCUCAAGACUCGCUCGUCGCCGAGCCCCAUCGGCAUGCCCUUCAGCCCCACGCGAGCCGUCGCCUCUCCUACCGUCGAGUCGCCGCCCGAUUCCGCAGGGGAACACGGCCCCAAGGACAGCAGCGGCUUCCUUUUUCCUCAGAGGGGAGCGGUCAACGGAGGCGAUAAGGAGGAAUCUGCCGGCGAUGCGAGCCCGAACGCAGACAGUGACCAAAGUGCCGAGCACAACCUGCCGGACAGCCCGUUCGCGUGGCCGACCAAGAAGUCCGCCGCCGCGGCGUUCUCUCGCGAUCCUUUCGCGCCCAGCGACUCGGAGAUCGCCGCCGCAGCUGCUGCCUCGCCUGGUCGUAACGCCACGGCCGCCUCCUUUGCCGGCAUCAACAAUGGCGGUGGCCUCACUGGCCAUCUCAGGCCGUCUGCUCUGGACAUACCUUCGCCGAAGCCCUACUUCUUCCCCAUGUCCAGGCUGUCCUCCGAUCACGGCGCCGGCGCGAUCGGGAUGAAUACUAGAAGCAAAGAAACAAGCCAGUGGAAUAUAGGGAAACAAAAAAGAAUGGAGAAGUCGCAGCAUAGUUAG